AUGUUAUCACCCUACCUCUUGUUCUUGGGACUGCCCGUCCUCUUCGUCCUCGCGUCCUUUGUGCGCAACCAGUUCUUCCACCCGCUGAGCAAGCACCCGGGCCCCUUCUGGGCCCGCCACACGGAUCUGUGGCGCGUCUAUCACCUGUGCACCCGACGCAUGCCGGACACCAUGAUUAAGGUGCACGAAAAGUACGGGCCCGUCGUGCGCGUGGCCCCGAACGAGCUGAGCUUCCAGAGCGUCGAGAUCCUCGAGGAGGUCUACAAGGGCGGCCGGCGAUUCAUCAAGAGCGACAUGUACGAAGGGUUUACGACUUUCCACCCAAACUCGUUUGGGACCCGUGACGAAGACCUACACGCAAAGAGGCGUCGUCAGAUGGCGCACAGCUUCUCCGUCGCCUCCCUCGCGCAGAUGGAGUCCAUCUUCAACCGCCAUCUCAACAACCUCCUCAACGCCAUCGCCGCAAAGGGUUCGGAACCCUUUGAUCUGAAGAAUAUCGUCGGCUUCUACGCCUACGAUGUCAUGGGGGAGUUGGCCUUCCACACCGAAUUCGGAUCUCAAGAUGCCCAGGACCCGGCGUUGCUGCCACCCAUCAACGAGCAUAUCUUCCUGGGCUGCUUGUUUGGCCUGCUCCCGUCAUUGCUCCCGUAUAGCAUGAAAUUUGCAAACUAUGUUCCGCUCCCGUGGCUGCAGUAUCUCCUCAAGAGCAGGAAAUCGCUGAGAGACAGGACAUCAGCAUGCGUCGCCCGCGAGAUGGCCAGAGAAAAGAUGAGCGAGAAGCACAGCAUCCUGACCAGGCUGAUCCGCGCCACAGACCCCGAAACUGGUGAGCGUUUGUCAGAGAUGGCUGUCAGUUCGGAAGCAUUUGCCUUUCUGGUGGCAGGGGCACAUACGACCUCCGGCACCUUGACUCUAUUAUUCUACCAUCUGCUGCACAAUAAGACUGCGACAGAGAAGCUGACCAAAGAGAUCACGGAAUGUAUCCCCUUACAAAAUACUGCCGGAGACUCCUUACCAGCUUAUGCGGGAUUGGAAGCGCAGCUGCCGUACGCAACGGCCUGCAUCCGUGAGAAUUUCCGCAUGACACCAGUGUUUACCAUGCCGCUACCGCGCAAAGUGUGUGAUCCCGAAGGUGCAGUGAUUGAUGGUGUCUAUGUUCCCCCUGGGACCAACGUCUCGAUGAUCAACCAGGUCAUUCAUCACAACCCUUCUGUUUGGGGCGCUGACCACAACAUCUUCCGUCCCGAGCGAUGGCUCGAUCCAUCGAAGCCACUGUCUCCCAACGAUCUCGCCCCGUUUGGCGCUGGUCAUAGAGCCUGUAUAGGCAGGAACGUGGCGACGAUGAGCAUCGUCAAAGUAUUGACGGCUGUCUGGCGUCGAUUCGAUCUCGAAGUACUAGAUCCCGCGGAGGAAUUGAUCGUGGACAGCGUUGGAAUAGGAGAAAAGCACGGACCCUUGAUGGUCAGGGCUAAAGUACGGGCCGAGUAA